ACAGGAAGACUGACUCAAUCUGGGACACUUGGUGAGAUAACGCGUUUUAGAGGGGUGUCAGACAGAUCGAGAAUUUAAAAUUAUCCCAAUUAUAUGUAGUUUCAGUUCAAGCUUCCCCACAUCUACCGACCGGACACCAAGUCUCCGGGCUUGUUUACGCACAACUUUUACGCACAAUCCGCCGAUGGACGGAUAGACCCGUUCAUGUCACGUGCAGAACGGAGUACACGGCAAGUUUUACUCCCACAGGUGUGAUUUUGUCAAGUGUGUGAACUCCAGAAAUGGAAGAAAGGAUCAGCUCCACGCUCCUUUGAAAUAAGAGCAAACCACGGAGACUGGGAACUUGCGUGGAGCGGUGAGCCUCGCCGGGUGCCAAAAUGAGCGCUUACUGCCAUAGCUGGAGGAUCUUACACAUAUUCUUUGCAACAAUCACAACAGUUCUCACACAAGACUUGAACAGUCAGGAGUUGACAGACAGCAGUAAGAGCCCAGUGCCUUUCCCUCUCGUCUUACCAGUCAACUACGAGGUACGGGAUGUUGACUACUUCUUCCUGAAGGAGGCUGGGCAGGACUUUAUGAGGAAUUCAAGCAUGCAGAGUCACACACAGCCCUUUGUCAUCUUGAGAGCCAGCCGCCAGCCUGCCAUCAAUGCCAGCUAUGGUGCUCUGUCCACAGAGCAGCCUGUGCCCAUAGACCUAAUCCACUCUGUGCGUCUAUUCAAUGCUCCAGGGGUCUUUACCUAUAACUGGAAAGUCCAGUCCUUUGUGCUAACCCCAAGGGUCUUCUCCUCCAAGCCCAAAGUGCGGGUGCUCUUCUAUGUGGCAGGAAGGGACUGGGGCAGGGGCGAAGGGGCUGUGGAUGAGCUGCCGUGUGUGACAGUCUAUGCCUUCUGGCAAACCCAGGAGGUGAGGGGCUCCUGUGCCAUGGGAGGUGAGAGGGGAACCUGCAUGGCUGAGUUGGCUCCUCUGCCUGGUUGGUUCACCCCAGGGGCAGAGAGCACCAGCAGGGAGAAACAGGACCCGUCCACUGGAAACCCUGUGGAGCUGUACUACCAAGCUCAGCCCAAAGUCAAUGGGAAGUGUAACUCUGUGGAUGGAGGGCGCUGGGGGAGCUCAGGACAGCAGGCUGAGUAUGUUCCUGUCACUCCCAUGCAGAGGAUUGGCAGCGUGCAUCUUCUUCAGGUGCCUAAGGGAAUGGCAACCCUUUCUCGACUCAAGCUGGGCAACGCCAUUGUUAUACGGACUUCCUCCAAACCACUAAAGAAGACAGACAUCGCCACCUUCUACAUCCUCAUGGCCAGCUCUGCCCAGCUGGCAAACUUCACUCUCCGAGCGACAGUAAAGAAAGGUGUGACCUUUCGCACAGCAACACCCAGUAACUCUUUACUAUGGGACAUCACUCUGGAUAUGGGAGUGGAUGGGGCCACUGCUGUGAUUUGUCAGAGGAAGGCUCCCAUUCCCGGAAAAAGCAGUCUGCUGGAGGUGCUUCAGAUGGACUUUGAGGUGGAGGAGCUGAGCAGUCCUGUAGACAGCCAGGUGAUCGUAUGGAAGCUGGAACUGCCGCCCGGCUCCAAAGACGUAGCCAAGACAGAAGGAGCCAUGAGGAUCUAUACCACUCAGAGAGACUUUGUUGGCCUGGCCCCUCUCAUAAUGGACACAGAGAUCCUAAACACAGCUGUGCUGAGUGGUAAGAAGGUGGUGAUGCCUGUGAGGAUGGUGGCCGUGGAGGAAGACGGAGUGGUCACCGAUGUGUCUGACUACACAGACUGUAGCUCCACUGAUGAAAAUGUCCUCAAGGUGUCGGACAGGUGUGAUUAUGUUUUUGUGAAUGGCAAGGAGACAAAGGGCAAAGUAAAGAUGAUGGUGAACUUCACUUACAGCUACCUGAGUGCUCAGCUGGAGCUGAACGUGUGGAUCCCACAGCUCCCUCUCCAGAUUGAGGUGUCAGACACAGAGCUGAGCCAGAUCAAAAGCUGGAGGGUGCCGAUAAUCACGUCCAAGAGGCCUGGCUGGAACAGUGAGGAGGACGACAGGAGGGGGAAGGGCUGCAUGCUGCAGUUUCAGCAUGCCCUAGUGCGGGUGCUCACACACUUCACGGCUGAGCAGGCAGACCCUCGGGAUCCAAAGGCCUAUUUCUUGGGCUCUGACUGGCAGGUGGAUGUCACAAAGUUGGUGCGCUAUUUCUUGAAGGUGGAGGACCCUCGCGUGGCCAGGCUGCAGGCAGGAAGGGUGCUGUCAGGACGAGACCUAGGGACCACCUCCAUCCAGGUGUUUUCUCCACUUUCUGACACAAUACUGGCUAAGAAGACUAUCAAGGUAGUGGAUGACAAAGUGACCAUCACGGAGAUGGGGGUCCAGCUGGUCACGGGCCUUUCUGUGUCUCUUCAACUCAGUCCAGGGAGCAACAGGGCCAUCCUAGCUACCACAACUACACAGGAGGUUCUGCAGAGACCCAAACAGGAAGCUUUGGUCAGUGCUUGGUUGCAAUUCAGCGAUGGCUCCCAGACGCCUCUCGACAUUUAUGAUCCUGCCUACUACCGUGUGGCUGUGACAUCUCUGGAUGAAGGGGUGGUGUCGGUGCAGGGCACACCUCCAGUUGUGGUGGCAGAAGGGGAGGGAGAGGGCGUCCUGGUCAGAGUAGAGAUGUCCAUCUGUGAAGCCUGUCAGAAAUCCAAACGCAAAAGCACUGUGGCUGUGGGCAAUGGCAGCCUCAAGGUCAAGUUUCAGGUAAACAGCCGGAGCCCCGACAGCAGUCCAAACAGCACCAACAGCAGCACUGUCGGCCGCAACAGCAGCAGUGAUGGAGGAGGUGGAAGGGGCAGCACCGGAGCCAAUAAAGACAGUGCUAGUGAUUACGGCAAUGAUGGCAAAGAGGUGGACAGCCAGAGAAAACAGCAGAAGCCUUCUCAGGAUCCCCCAUCCAGCAGCUCAGACUCACAGAGAGAAGAGAGUGCCAUGCAGAAGGUCACAACAACCAUCAAUGCCACAGAGCGCACCAUCAUAACCAGUGGCACCCUGGGAGGAGUGGGUAAGACCAGCAAUUCAGGAAACCCGAGUAGCCCUACAAGCGUGGUGAACGAAAAUAUGAUGAACAGCCCCAGUAACAGCAACAGGGCAUAUGGUUUAGAUAACAUGAUUGUGGAGGAUAUGGGUAGUGUUGGCUUUAGUAGCACUGUUAAGGCCCCUGGGAACCUGGUCAACUAUAACAACUUUCCCACCAAGGUGGAGGUGCCUGGGCAAGAGCCAGUGGAGGUGGACAUCGGUGGUGAGGAAAUACUGGUCAACAGGCCUCUCACCGACUUGGAGAUUGGCAUGUACGCACUGUUGGGGGUCUUCUGCCUUGCCAUCCUGGUAUUUCUGGUUAACUGUAUCUCAUAUGUGGUGAAGUUCAGGCACAAGAAACCUCCCUCACAUGGCCAGGAGCCAACGGGGCACAGGCACGACUGGGUGUGGCUCGGCACAGAUGCUGAGCUGGUGAUGAGUGUUCCAGGCAGUCCUCUCCAGCAGGACAACCAGACCACCACCACGGUGAUAGACAUUGGGCCUGAGAAGACUGGCUCUCUGUCCAGAAGGCCCAGCUGUCUGGCCUCUGUCACGGACUCUCCCAUUGGCUGCGUGGGCACCCUCAGUCGCAAACCCGUGCACACCGAGUCCCUCCACUCACCCACCAGCAAGAGGAAGAGGGUCCAGUUCACCACCUUCUCUACACUGGAGCGCCAACACUCACCACAUCACCCCACCAGGGAAAAUGGUCACGGCAUCCACUGGGUUGGGAAGGACAGUUGUGAGGAACCCCAAGUGCCCAUCACAGAGCCUGAGGACCACUUAUAAUACAGGACUCGAUCACACUCUCAUGUGGAUGUGGCUUUGAUCACCUCAAUGCCUUUGUUUGUCCAACCUGUUUUAAGAAAAAUCUGUGAUUUUACAAUGAACCUCCUCCAUAUUUCAUUACCUAUCAAGGCCUUUUAAUGUACAUGUAUAUUAUUGUGAAAACUGGAGAGUGGGUGUGUGCUGAGAUGGGCUCUCUUCGGUACCUGAUGCUUAAAGCCACCAAAUGUUUAUGCUGCAUGUGGAAAAUCAACUUCUCUAUAUUUUUGCACACAUGCUGGUAUUUCAAUACACACAAAUACACUUAAAAGGCAAAGUAUCUGCAAUUAUGAAUAUACCGAGUACCAGUUAUAAUAUAGAACUCAUUCAGACCUCAUGUGGAUAUGGGUUUGAUCAAGCAACAUGGCUUUGAUCAAAUAAAAAACCAAAUGGGUGAUUUUCUAUUAUGCAAUAUUUUAAGUCUUCUUUGUUUGUAAAUUUUAGUUGAUCUGAUU